UCCGGUCACUCUCACAACACGGAAUAUGGCGGCCAGCUCAGAUCGGAUUCCUCCUCGUCUCCCUGCCACGGAGGAGCCGGGAGCCGCAACGCCUGACAUGGCAGAUGGGGACAGCUACGAGGGAGAAGACAUAUUUGUUAAUAACAGUGUCCCUGUAGCUGUGAGUCGAGGAGUUUCUCAGCCUGAUAAUGUCAAUGAACAGACCCCAGAUCUGUUCGGCGAGGAGGAGGCCGGCAGCACGACAGCCAAAUCCAACGGAGUUCACUCAGAUGAUGACAACGACCUGUUUGCUGAGGCGCGUGUGGAGCUGAACACGCCCGGAGGCUCUGCCCCGAAGGAGCCCUCCUCUUCCUCUGGCCUUCGUCCAGCCUCCUCGUUCACUACGAGCCCUGCGGCCCUGCAGCCCACCUCCUUGGAGCAGAUGGAAGAGGACGAGGCAGAGGACAGUUUUGAUGUGGAUGUUGCGGUCACAAACCCUGAGAAAGUUGGAGAUGGAAUGGGUGCUUAUGUGGCCUACAAAGUAUCCACCAGGACGUCCUUGGCCAUGUUCAGGAAUAAAACCUUCUCUGUGAGAAGGCGCUUUAGUGACUUCCUGGGUCUUUACGAGAAGCUGUCCGUCAAACAGUUGCUCCAUGGCUACAUUAUUCCACCACCACCCGAGAAAAGUGUCGUAGGAAUGACCAAAGUGAAGGUGGGAAUGGACGACCCGUCAUCUGUAGAGUUUGUGGAGAGAAGAAGAGGCGCUCUGGAGAGAUAUCUUCAGAGAGUGGUGUCUCACCCAUCGUUACUACAGGACCCUGAUGUCCGUGAGUUCUUGGAGAGAGAGGAGUUACCCAGAGCAGUGAGCACCCAGGCUCUGAGUGGAGCUGGCUUCCUCAAAAUGAUCAAUAAGGCAUCGGAUGCUGUCAACAAGAUGACCAUCAAGAUGAAUGAGUCUGACACUUGGUUUGAGGACAAGUUCCAGGAGAUGGAAAACGAGGAGCAGCAGUUGAGGAAGCUGCAGGCCGUGGUCGACUCCCUGGUCAACCACAGGAAGGAGCUGUGUGGGAGCACGGCAGUAUUUGCCAAAAGUAUGGCCAUGCUGGGAAACUCUGAGGACAACACGGCCCUGUCCCGGGCCCUUUCCCAGCUGGCAGAGGUGGAGGACAAGAUGGAGCAGCUGCAUCAGGAGCAGGCAGCCAGCGACUUCUUCAUCUUUGCUGAACUGCUGGCCGACUACAUCCGCCUGAUGGGUGCUAUGCGCGGGUGUUUUGACCAGCGUGUGCGGGCUUGGCAGCGAUGGCAGGAGUCUCAGAGUACACUCCAGAAGAAGAGAGAGUCUGAGGCCAAGCUGCUGUGGGCCAACAAGCCAGACAAACUGCAGCAGGCCAAAGAAGAGAUCACUGAGUGGGAGUCGAGGGUUACUCAGUACGAGAGAGAUUUUGACAGGAUUGGCAGGACUGUACGCAAGGAGGUUCUCAGGUUUGAGAAAGAAAAAGCCAAGGACUUCAAGAGCCAGAUAAUGAAAUAUCUGGAUGCAAUGCUGCAGUCUCAACAACGGAUUGUAAAGUUUUGGGAGGCGUUCCUGCCUGAGGCGAAGGCAAUAGCUUAACGAAGAGGGAGACCUUUUUUUAAAAGACCCCAACUGCCUUUUUUGAACACUUUACCUCUUGACCACAAACUGAGAGGACAAUUUCGAACACAAGAAUCUUCCAUCCAUUUCUUUUCUUUUUAACCAUAGUGUAUUCUCUUAUCUUGUACAGGUCUUUUAUAUAAUAAGCUGCCGCAUUUACACAACAUUUGUCUGGCAUAAUUCCUUGUUUAUGUUCUUGACUGAAAGAUGGUAUAAAGCAGGAGAUUAACCUGGCCGUAGUAUUAUUUAUGUUUCUUGCUUAAUCCGGUGUUGACACUGAGGUACUGCCCUAUAGUAACAUUGUCUAUAGUUUACAUUAGAAGAUAGACGUAUUUAAGUCAUUCCAGUCUAUAACAGCUUAUGUUUAUGAAUGCAUGUUGGAUAACGUUUUGAAGCACUACAAUGCAUUGUACAGUUGGAAAAACUUUUUUAAAUGAAAUACCACUAUUGAUGACCGAGGUCAUUUACCAAGAAUAUUGGCACAUUGUUAGUGUAUCACAUAAUACAUAUUAGAGCAUAGAAUAAAAAAAAAUCUGAGUUGCUACAAAAUGACAAAGAAGUAACAGUGGGUGAAGGUUGAGAUAAUUCAAAAAUGCUUUGUUGGUAUUUUCUACUAUGAUGUACAACUAGAAUCAUGUUGAUUAAUCGAUUUCUUUCACACCAGUUUAAAGCACUCCAAAGUGACUCAUCUGGACCUGCUGCAGAGAUUGUCUACUGCCUGUAAAUGACUAUUGACAUCUAUGUAUACAUGUACAGUACUUUAAUUGAAUCGUACAAUUACUGUCAGAUAUUAUUAUUAACCAUACAUCUUUUUGAUACAUUUGGUUUAACAAUGACAGAAAAGCACAGACAUUCAAGUGAUAUUGUCCUUAUUUUUCUUAUUCAGCAUUUGUAAGCGUAGUUUCUUUUUCACGUCAUCUUUACGUAAGAAUGUGCUUUAUUUUUGUAACCACUUUGCAUUAGAACACACAUUUUCCUGGAAAUAUUAAACAGGUAGAUGUACAAAAUAAAUCUGAUUGGUUAAGCUUUG